AUGACGCGACUCGCUGGGAAUGUAAAACCUGACUGCAGCGCACGCAGAUCUAUCUCAACCAGGCGAAAACUGAAACCAGUAAAGCGAGUACCCAGCAGCCUCCUUUGCAGUGCUUGUGGAGCCCUCUUGGAAGAGCCGAUCCAGUCCGCAUGUGGAGAACGAUUCUGCGGGGAGUGCUUCAAGGCAAUUGUCAAAGGCUGCAGCCGUCCGGUUUGUCCCAAGUGUGGUGAAGUCCGCUGUCUACAAAGGGUUUGGCGAGACGUUUUUGCGGACAAAGAGCUAAGCCAGCUGCUCUUUUUUUGCAGCAAUCGUGACUAUGGCUGUGAAUAUAACGGCACAAAGUUUGAACUCGAAGCAAGUGUUGGGCAUACUUCGACGUGUCAGUACAGACGUAAAGAAUGCCCCAAUGAAGGCUGUGGUACACAUGUUGCUCUAGCUAACAUGCUCGAUCACGUGUCAUCAUGUGGCUAUCGUUCAGUGCAUUGCAGCGUUUGCUAUCAACCGGUUGCGGUGCGCGCUCUACAGUUGCAUCUAGUAGAGAAUUGCACACAUUUGCCUGUGACUUGCCCUGUAGAUGGGUGCAUGGAGACCAUCCGUAGGAAAGAGCUUAAUGCUCAUUUGCAACGGUGCCAAUGGAACAAGGCUGCUUGUUCAAAUAAGGUUUCUACAGAACAAAUGAUGACCCGUAGGGAGUCAGAACAUAUACAACCUUUGGUCAAUGAUGCAGUUGUUUCUGAAAUGGAGCAGUUGAAAAGUCAACUGCAUAAACAGCGAAAGGCACAACAAGCUUCUCAAGAUGAAAUUUGUUCUAUCUCUCAGCAGAUGAACAACCUGAAAGUUGGCAGGAAUGAAGCUGAUACACAGCAGAAAUUGAUGGAGCAGAAGAUAUUAGAAGCAUGCUAUCAAUUUGUUGAUAAUUUGCAGAAUAACAUGAAUCAACAAUUACAGUCAUUUGAGCGUAAAAUGCGAAGUCUGAUGGAAAAGUGUAUGAAAUUUGAAGAAAUAAUAGCUACCCAAUCUACCAGAAUUCAACAACUGGAAGAGGAGCUGGCAAGCAAUCAACGAUCUAGUGGUGUGGCUGAAGCACUGAGGCAACAAAUUGAAGCCCGUGCCCAACAAAAUCGAAUUUUGGCUUUUGACAAGUUUUUCAGAGGUAGUUCGCGAUUGGAUAUGAUGGAUUGUAAGAACCCGAAUGGCGUGUUAUUAUGGAAGAUUACCGAAAUCAGAAGGCGCAGAAGAGAAGCAGUGAGUGGUAAAACACCAUCGAUAUACUCUCAGCCAUUCUAUACAUCACCAAACGGGUACAAGAUGUGUGCAAGGCUGUACUUGAAUGGAAAUGGGAUGGGUCAACGAUCUCACUUGUCUUUAUUCUUUGUUAUCAUGCGCGGCAAAUAUGACUCAUUGCUUCCAUGGCCUUUUCAGCAGAGGGUGACUUUGAUAUUGAUAGAUCAAAGCGGACGUUGUCAUAUGUCCAGUACCUUGACACACGAUCCAUCUUCGCCUUCAUUCAAGAGGCCAAAGAGUAAGAUGAACAUUGCCAGUGGAUGUCCAUUGUUUGUGUCACUUACCACUCUGGAUGAAGGAGCAUAUAUUAACAACGACACAUUGUUCAUCAGAAUGGUGGUUGACGCUAUUGAACUACAUUGCCCUGAUUAGACAGUAGACUUCAAGCCUCAAUUAAGAGCUAUGUGAUCAUUGAUCGCUAGUGGAUGUCCAUUAUCUCUCAUGUACUGUACCACUCUGGACGGGAGGCCAGGGUGCAAUAAAAA